AUGAUCCGGGGCGUGGAGGCGCCGAUGGCGGACAACCCGCCGCCGCCGCCGGUCAUCUUCUGCCACGACUCCCCGAAGCGAGUGCUGGUGUCGGUCAUCAGGACGACCCCGAUGAAGCCCGCGGGCGGCGGCGGAGGGGAGUCGGAGCCCCCGCCGCCGCUCAUCCCCACCAGCCCCGGCUUCAGCGACUUCAUGGUGUACCCGUGGCGCUGGGGCGAGAACGCGCACAACGUGACGCUCAGCCCCGGGGCCACGGCGGUCGCCGCCUCGGCCGCGCUGCCGGUGGCCGCCGAGCACCCGGGGCUACGGGGUCGGGGCGCGCCCCCCCCCGCCACCUCGGCCCCCGCCGCCGCCGCCGCUGCCGCCGCCGCCUCGGGAGGCGAGGACGAGGAAGAAGCCAGCAGCCCGGACAGCGGCCACCUCAAGGAUGGGAUCCGGCGUGGGAGGCCCAGAGCAGACACUGUCCGGGAUUUAAUCAGCGAGGGGGAGCACUCCUCCAGCAGGAUCCGCUGUAACAUCUGUAACAGGGUGUUUCCGAGGGAGAAAUCUCUCCAGGCCCACAAAAGGACCCAUACGGGUGAAAGACCCUAUCUGUGUGACUAUCCAGACUGUGGAAAAGCCUUUGUUCAAAGUGGACAGCUCAAAACACACCAGCGUCUUCACACCGGAGAGAAGCCUUUUGUGUGUUCAGAAAAUGGCUGUCUGAGCAGGUUCACCCAUGCCAAUCGCCACUGCCCGAAGCACCCUUACGCCAGGCUGAAGAGACAGGAGCCGACGGACCCCCUCAGCAAGCAUCAGACGGUGGACAACAAGGCUGCUGCCGAGUGGCUGGCGAAGUACUGGGAGACCAGGGAGCAGCGCACGCCCACCCUGAAGGCGAAGCUGGUGCCCAAGGCUGACCAGGAGCAGCAGGACCCCCUGGAGUUCCUGCAGUCGGACGGGGAGGAUGACGAGAAGAGCGGGGCCCAGCGGCGGCUGCAGGAGCAGCGGGAGCGGCUGCACGGGGCGCUGGCCCUCAUCGAGCUGGCCAACCUGAGCGGAGCCCCGCUGCGCCAGUAG